CAAAGAGUUCGCACCGGCUAUAACGGCUAUAACAUGAAUGUGUGAAAGAAAAGGUAUUUUUUUUACCGUUGAGACGGUUGAGCCGGUUGAGACCGUUGAGACUUUCUUUGCGAAAACGGGAAUCAAAACAAACCAACGUGCUUGUGACAGCCGGUUCUCGUGUCCUUUGCUUUUAUCGCGUUAUGAUAACAAUUGCAAGUGGUUUACUGUUAACGUAAAAGUCCAACAAUCUUUACUUGAGUGCAACAUUAUUCAACAGCCAAAAAUGUUAUCACAUUUGAAGUUAAUUAAUAAGCAACAGAGAAGACUUCGAAUUUUACUAAGUUAUCAUGCCGUAGAAGGACGCACUCUGAAACGUUUGUUAAGUUCAUCUCUGGAACCAUCUGAAGUGGAGAUAGAACUGAGCACCGGUCGCACAGUCAACAUUUCCACCGGUAAGUAUGCCCGCUUUGCCGAUGGAUGUUCCGUGGUCAGUGUCGGAGACACUGCCGUCAUGGUGACGGCCGUUGCUAAACAGAAAGCGUCUGGCGGAGCGGGUAGCUCCUUCCUGCCGUUAGUGGUGGAUUAUCGGCAGAAGGCAGCCGCAGCGGGUCGUAUUCCUACGAACUUUUUGCGCCGUGAGCUAGGACCCUCGGAAAAGGAGAUUCUUGCUGCCCGGUUGGUGGAUCGUUCUGUAAGACCACUGUUUCCAGCCGAUUUCCGAGCGGACACCCAGCUCGUUUGCAAUAUGUUGGCUAUCGAUGCCAGUAAUCUACCGGACGUGCAAGCGAUUAAUGCCGCUUCGGCGGCUCUAAGUUUAAGUGAUAUUCCCUGGAAUGGGCCUGUAGGGGCUGUUCGCGUUGGAUUGGUUGAUAAUGAGGUAAUCAUCAAUCCUACCCGCAAGGAACUUCAACUGUCCGCACUGGAUUUGAUAGUGACGGCCACGAAACAGAAAUUGGUUGUUAUGCUGGAAGGUCGGGGAAACGUUGUGAAUGAAAAUGAACUUCGGAUGGCCAUCAAAAAAGGCACAAAAGAAUCUCAGCUAAUAAUCAAUGGAAUUGAAAAGUUGCAGAAAUCUAAUGGGAAACCAAAGCGAGCGCUAGAAUCGCUACCUCAGCCGGAGGAAGAAAUUGAGGUCGCCGUGAGGACGAUGUCAGAGAUGAGACUGAGAGAAAUUUUCCGUGAUUUCACUCACGAUAAAAUUAGUAGGGAUCAAGCUGUAAAUAAUACUCGAACUGAUACCAUUGAUAAGGUUUGGUCUAGCUACCCAAGCUGUGAUCCGGCGAUAAUAGCGGAUAGUUUUAAUCGUUUUGUAAAAACUGUCUUCCGAGAAAUGGUUUUCGAGGAGAAUCGAAGAUGCGAUGGUCGAAAUUUGGAUGACUUGCGCAAAAUAUCGAGUGUCGUCAAUUUGCACCGGCCACUGCACGGUUCGGCAUUGUUUCAGCGGGGACAAACGCAGGUGUUCGCUACAAUUGCCUUGGACUCGCCGGAAAGUGCACUUAAAUUGGACCCCCUCACUUCGCUCGAUACUGGUGUCAAAUCGAAAAACUUUUUCCUGCACUAUGAUUUUCCACAGUUCGCUACGGGUGAAAUUGGUAAAGUGGGUCCGGUGGGUCGUCGAGAAAUUGGUCACGGUGCUUUGGCUGAGAAGGGUUUGUUGCCUAUCAUUCCGAACGAGCACCCAUUCACGAUUCGACUCACCUCGGAAGUGUUGGAAUCGAACGGUUCUAGCUCAAUGGCGACAGUUUGCGCUGGCUCGAUGGCGCUGAUGGAUGCGGGUGUAUCUGUGCGGGAGGCGGCAGCCGGAGUUGCAAUUGGUCUGCUGACUAAGUAUGAGAAUGAUGAUACAAAACAUCUGCAAGAUUACCGAGUGCUAACGGACUUGUUGGGUAUCGAAGAUUACCUCGGCGAUAUGGAUAUGAAGGUGGCCGGCACCCGGAAGGGAAUGACGGCGAUUCAGGCAGAUAUCAAAGUGCCAGGAAUUCCGCUUAAGGUUGUGAUGGAAUCGCUGCAGAAAGCUAUGGAAGCUCGCUUCAAAAUCCUUGACUUGAUGGAUGAAACCAUCGCAGCAACGCGAAGUAACCGCAAAGACUGCUGGCCUGUAACAGAUCGGCUGCAAAUCGAGCCACACCAACGGGCGAAGUUGCUAGGUCCUAGCGGUAUCAAUCUUCGUCGGUUAUAUCUGGAAACGGGUGUGCAGUUGACGCAGGAAGACGACAAUACGUUUCGGAUAUUUGCCCCCUCGGAGGCGGCGAUGAAUGAAGCGAAGGAACAUCUGGAAAAACUGAUGAAAGCGGAACGGAUACCGGAGUUGGAAUUCGGUGCAAUCUAUACUGCCAAAAUAGUGGAAAUUCUGGACACUGGAGUGCUGGUGACGUUGUAUCCGUCGAUGCCGCCGGCUUUGUUACAUAAUUCGCAACUGGAUCAGCGAAAGAUUGCUCAUCCGUCCGCUCUAGGCUUUGAGGUGGGUACGGAGAUUCAAGUGAAAUACUUUGGGCGUGAUCCAGUGUCAGGUUUUAUGCGAUUGUCCCGAAAAGUACUACAGGGUCCGGCCACCGCUAUGAUUCGUAAUCUCGAGCGGCCCACAGUUACUUCCACCAGUAACGGUAAUAGCAGCAGCACUGAAAAUGCGACUCAAGCUGCAUCCGGUAGUAAUACCAAUAGUAGUGCAGUCGACCCGAAGUCGUAAUUUUAUUUGCAGAACUUUACAGCCUACGGAAUGGAAGGUGCUUUUCACUAGAAACAAAUUUAUGUAAAUAUAAACUCUAUAAAGUUAGUCUAAGAAUAUC